UUCUUCAUCUGAACUUUGAUCAAUAAUUAUUUUUCUAUUUUUCCUAUCUCUUAAUUUCAUUUUAUGGGUGGGGACUUGUUCAUUACCAGGAGUUUCCUUUUCGCUUGUUUCGUUUAUACCUACUUCUGCAAUGAUUUCUAGGGGAUAGAGUAAAGCGAUAGCUCUUGUGAUUAUUUUACCGCUUGUUUUUACUUUAGCUGCGCGCACUAGGCCGUCUCUACUUUUUAUUAGUUCAAUAAUUUUUCCUAAAUUCCAAAGAUUUUUGGGGACGUUUACUUGAUGGAUUAAUACGAUUUCCCCUUUUAGUGGUAAAUAAUUUUUCUUAAAUUUCUUUUGUGAAUGUCUAUCGGCUCUCUCUUUCAAACUUGCCAAGUAAUUGUUUUCCCACCUUUUCCAAAAUUCUUUUAAUAUUUUAUUUACAUUUUUCCAGUCUGUAACUAAGUCAUCUCUAAGUGUUUUAUUUUCUAUAUAAUCUUCGGACUCAAUUGGGCUUAUUUCUAAAAUUUGUUCAUUUCUAUUUGGUUGAAUUAAAUCGAUGGGCCUUAAAAUUUCCAAUUCUUCAAUUUCAUCGUAGAUGUAUGUUAGGGGGCGCUUGUUCAUGAUUAUUUUUAUUUCUGGUAGAAGAGUGCGCAUUUCUUCGUUUGUAAGCAGUCUUUUUCCUACCGCGCCUUUUAGCGCCCUUUUAAAAAUUUUUACUAUAACCUCAUAGAUGCCCCCGAACCAAGGCGAUAAACUUGGAAUGAAUUUCCACAACAUUUUUUCUUUUUGCAUUUCUUUUUCAACUUCUUUUAUUAUCUUUGAGGUCAAUACAUAUUGUGUCCCAUUAUCGCUAAGUAAAUAGUUUGGCCUCCCAUAUUCUGCACAAAAUCUUCUCAUCGAUUGAAGACAUGAUUUAGCAGUUAGGUCAGGUAUUAAUUCAAGAUGUGUAAAACGGGUGGCCAUACAAGUAUAUAUUUGGACCCAAACCUUUUUAUUUUCCCCAUUAAUUUUUACCAUAAAUGGUCCGGCAUAAUCAGUCCCCGUGUUAAUGAAUGCUUUUGUUCUUUUUAUUCUCUCAUUUGGAAGGGGUGGCAUGUCAGGGAUCUUAUAUGGUUCUAGACGCGCUCUCUUACAUAUUUCACAUGUUUUUAGUGCUUCUCUCAUUUUCCUUCUUCCUGCCGGUAUCCAAAACUUAGUUCUGAGUUCGCAUAAGCUUAGAUUUACACCACUGUGAAAUGAUUUUUUGUGAAAUUCUAGACAUAACGUUCUUGCGUAUUGUGAGUUAUACGAAACAAAGAUCGGACUAUUUUGUUGCUCUAUAUAUUCUAAUCUUCCCGGACAUCUCCAUAGACCUAUUUCAUCUUUUUGCAUUCUUAAAUUUUCUAUUUCUUUUUCGGUGGGUGGGUCGCUUAAUUGA